AUUCAGAACCAAUUCACUAUCAAGUCGACAUCAAUCGUUUACCCAAAUGAGCUUCUCGUCAGGAUCAUCCAAUUCCUUCCACCUCACGAUGCGAUGCUAUCGGCAGCGCAGGUGUCGAAGCGAUGGCGGCAGCUCAUCGUUCAUAAUCUUGUACGGGUCCCUAGAAUUCCUGCACACUGCCAUGUGUAUAAGGAGUCGCGGGGCUGGGGCGAAAUCAUGCAGUACCACUUCACCACUUUUGACACAUCUCAUCCAGACUACCGAUCUAAGCGUCGAGCAUGUCUUCGCGGCAACGACUCCCGCUUGCGGGCGAUCUACAUACAGCACAAGCGAUGUGGGAUGAAUGCCGAAUGGGACUCAAAAGGUGGCGUUCAAAAAGUUGAUUCUGCCACGUUGCUGUCCUACCUCGAUAUUGUCGCUCUUCGAGUCGAUGUUCUGAAAAGGGGACGACGGUUGAUAGCGAGACGAGUAGAUGAGCGAUUCGCACAUGCCGUCGCAUUCUGCGAGGAAAUGUGUGGUACUCUAGAUCCAAAGUCCUUAUUGUUGUGCUCACAAAACCCGUACUUCUCAUGGUGCAUGGGCGAGGAGUCACUGCGGCGGUUGUCAUCGUUUCGGAGCUUGGACGCGCUAGUUCUGGAGAAUAUGACUGGAACGGAAGUGUUCAGCGGCAUCAAAGCGGCUUUAGAUCUUCGAAAACUCAAAGAAAUCCGAAUGCGACUGGACGCGAAACAUCAAAACGAAGUCGAAAACAUCCUAUGGGUAGACGUGCAGGGUUCGCUAUUGUCGUCAUUAGCAGAGGCGCACGUGCGCUGUUUGGAUUUCUCAGCGUUCUCCGAGUCUCCUGCUGCUAUCACUGCUAUCACUGCCGACGACAUGUGCCAAUUCAUUAAGGCAUGGCGGACACUCUUGGUUCCGUGGAUGAUCAAGUCAAUCCUGUUCAAUUCGACAGUAACCAUCAGCGAGUUCCGUACCGUAGCUGCGCGUGCAGGUCUCUUUGCUGCUGCUCUUGCCGACAUACCGUAUUGUCGCUUCAGAACCUACCAUCCAUCAGACCCGAACGCGAAGCUUGAAUUGUCGUGUUACGGUAACGGGAUUGCAACUCAGUGGUGCAUUCGUUCGGGCUAUCUGACAUCAUGA